AUGGCUAUAAUGCAGCCGUCCGCUCACGACCAGAUCGAACAUAUCGCACUCACCAACAAAGCCAGCGCUACGAAGCAACGGCUUCUAGGCACCCAAGCAACGCAGUACAGCACACAUUACGCCAAUAUUGAGCACCUUCGUUGUGUGCGUCAACUCGACAAGAUCUACCACCCUCCGCAUCAACUGAUGGCGAGCAAGCGGGACACUAUGUCUUCUUUCACCAACAUCCUCCUCGCCCUAGCUACCCUCACCCCCCUGGCCGAUGUCUCAGCCUCUGCCGUUCCGGACACCUUGGUCAAACGAGCUGAUCUGGAGUGCCCUUCGUCGAACGGCACAGAAUAUCUCACGAAUUCGGGCUACAAUUUUCGCAUUCGCUGCAACUCCGAUACCAGAUCCAACGGGUACUGGGGCUUAACUACAACCCAGACCUUUGACGAAUGCCUGAGGACUUGCGGCGGAUUACCAAGGUGCAACUAUGUUACCUACACAGGACGAAGCGUAGACACUUACGGGUCGUGCUACUUGAAGGAGGAUAAUGGUGGCAGUUAUGUCUCGGCGAACAAUGUCUACGUGGCGCGGAAGCUGAACCCAGCUUAUUGUCAGUGA